CUUUUGCUCUCUCCAGCAAUGGACACAUUCGAUAAUUUCCAGUACGACUCUGCUUCCUCCUAUGGAGGCAUGGGCGUAGUAGAUGACACUUCCUCUGUAUACACCGCCAAUACUCAAGAUAACUCAUCCUCAGUCGACCUUUCGAGCCUCUCAAUUUCCGAGCUCAAUGACCCAGCGUCUGGCAAUGAGGAUGCUCAUCACUCCAGUACUCCUCGCACGGCGCUCGACGAGGAUUUUGAUGCUGUUCUAGACGAUCUCAAGGACGGCAGCGCCGUUGAUCUGCCUCCUCAUGCAUGCAGCAUCUGUCGUCAAGUGUAUCAUUUGCUCGAAAUGGUUCUGCAACUCUCGAGGAAAUACGUCGGCAUCACAUAUCGUUAACCACCUUGUGCGUGCUAAACACAAAGAAGUCAUCUUGCACACAGAGAGCCCCCUUGGAGAGACAACUCCUGAAUGCUACAAUUGUGGCAGCAAGAACGUCUUCAUGUUAGGCUUCAUUCCAGCGAAAAGUGAUACUGUCGUCGUCCUUCUUUGCCGUCAGCCAUGUGCUGCUAUCUCUAAAGAUAUACAGUGGAACGCCUCCCUUUGGGCGCCGCUCAUUGACGACCGCUCCUUCCUCUCAUGGCUCGUAAAGCCCCCAACCGAGACAGAGCAGCUCCGCUCUCGCCAGAUAUCAUUCCAACAAAUUAACCGGCUUGAAGAUUUGUGGCGUGAGGAUGCCAACGCUACACUCGAAGAUCUAGAGAAACCCGGCGUGGACGAUGAACCGCAACCAAUCAUGGUGCGCUAUGAAGACGCGUACCAAUAUCAGAAUAUAUUCGGGCCUUUGGUCAAGAUUGAAGCCGACUAUGAUAAACGGCUCAAGGAAAGUCAGACACAGACCGAUAUUCUCGUUCGCUGGGAUUUGGGGCUGAAUCAGAAGAGAGUGGCGUGGUUCGGCCUUCCAAAACUGGAGAGUGGCGAAGUGCGGUUGGCGGUCGGCGAUGAGCUGAGACUGCGAUAUAUGGGGGAACUGCACAAGUCCUGGGAGGGCGUCGGACACGUCCUCAAGAUCCCAAACAAUGUUUCCGAUGAGAUCGGCCUGGAGUUGCGAAGAACCGAAGGAGUUCCUUCCGAGUGUACUCACAACUUUGCUGCAGACUUUGUCUGGAAGUCUACCAGCUUUGAUAGGAUGCAAUUGGCCAUGAAGACGUUCGCCGUUGAUGAGAAGAGCGUUAGCGGGUACAUUUACCACAAACUUCUUGGUCACGAGCUCGAACCCCAGUCUCUUCGAACCCAAAUGCCCAAGCGCUUUUCUGCUCCCGGCCUUCCCGAGCUUAACCACUCCCAAAUGUACGCUGUGAAGAGCGUCCUGCAGAAGCCCAUCAGCUUGAUUCAAGGACCUCCUGGAACUGGCAAAACCGUGACUUCAGCAUCAAUUGUGUACCACCUCGCAAAAAUGAACCCAGGACAGGUUCUCGUUUGCGCACCCUCGAAUGUUGCCGUGGAUCAACUUACCGAGAAGAUCAACAUCACAGGUCUUAAGGUGGUCCGUCUGACUGCCAAAUCGCGGGAGGCUCUGGAUUCGAGCGUCGCAUACUUGACUCUUCAUCAGCAAGUAGCGAACAGUACCACCCACGUAGAGCUGCAGAAGCUCAUAAUGCUGAAAAACGAACAAGGGGAACUGAGUAGCAAUGAUGAGAGGAAGUAUAAGACGCUUAUCAGGCAGUGCGAGAAGGAGAUUCUCAGUGCUGCAGAUGUUAUCUGCUGUACUUGCGUUGGAGCGGGCGAUCCGAGGCUGAGCAAACUCAAGUUUAGAACCGUUUUGAUUGAUGAAGCGACGCAGGCCGCAGAACCAGAGUGUAUGAUUCCGCUUGUUUUGGGAUGUAAGCAGGUUGUUUUGGUUGGUGAUCAUCAGGUUUCAACUUGGCCCGGUCAUUAUGAACAAGAAAGCCGCUCGCGCAGGGCUGACACAGUCCUUGUUUGAACGGCUAGUCGUCUUGGGAAACAGACCGAUUCGUCUCCAGGUUCAGUACCGGAUGCAUCCAUGCCUCUCCGAGUUCCCAUCCAACAUGUUCUAUGAAGGGACACUUCAGAAUGGUGUCACAGCCCCGGAGCGUUUGAGGAAGAAUGUUGACUUUCCUUGGCCGGUUCCAGAUACUCCCAUGUUCUUCUACCAGAAUCUAGGACAGGAAGAAAUAUCCAGCAGUGGCACGUCGUUCUUGAACAGAACUGAAGCUUCCAAUGUCGAGAAAAUUGUUACUAAAUUCUUCAAAUCGGGCGUCGUCCCGGGACAGAUUGGCGUCGUCACUCCUUACGAAGGCCAACGAUCGUACAUUGUGACCUACAUGCAGUUCAAUGGAUCUUUGAAGAAGGACCUG